AUUUUUCCCGCCGUGUGACACAGGACCAUCAUGGACAGCGGCGUGGCUUACGAGCGGCUGUUUCAGGCGGCCCGGGACGUGCUUGCCACGUGGCAGCAGGCCACGCCGGCUGCAUCGAGAAAAUGGAUACCGCGGUGGCUUGAACCCCGCUCAAUACGGGCGCCGUUCGUGCUGGAUCGGCUCUCAUCAGCGGCGUGCUUCCUCGUCGUCGCAAUCUGCGCCAUCCCCGGCAUUGCAUACACGGCCACCCUUCCUGCGUAUCCAGAGCAUUAUGGCAUUGCCACAGUGGCUGUCUGGUCCAUACUGUUGCUCGUGUGUUCGGUGUUCAACUUGUGGUUCGUGCGCAGAGAAUCCGUAUUGCGCAGCACAGAGCUGGCACGCUGCCUCGAGCACAUCCUGCAGCGGUACGCGAGCCUGCCUGGGUCGUGGACACUACCGCCACUUCAUUAUACGGAUGUGGAUGAGUUCCACCCAUCUGCCUCCUGUCCAUAUGUCCGCUGCAUUCGCGACGGCGCGGUGGCUGGCGUGCCCUCCACGCUGCUGGUGGAACAGGACGUCAUUCUUCUCGCUGCAGGCGACCGAGUGCCUGCAGAUGUCAGGCUGUGCACGAAGGAGGAGGUUGAGGCUGUGGAGCGGCUGCUGAGCGGACAGGCCGUCGUCGAUGACAAUCACAUCCACCACAUCACCACUCGCCGCCACAUCUCCGGCUCCCGCGUCAGCCCCGUGUCGGACGUGCACAUGUCGAGCGCACCGCCCUCCCGCCAGCCGUCUCUCGCUGCCAUUGCAGAGGCGGCAGCACUGGACACCACGCCACCAACAUCUGCAGCAGCAACGCCCGCGCCCCGACCGCGGUCCCGAACACACACAACGCGGCCGCCACCGCAAGUGCAGCAGCACCAGCAGCGCCGCCUUACGCGUGUCUCCGAGAGCAGUGCAGCUGGCACCCGUCCCCCAAGCACUGGCAGCGACAACCACGACGAUGCGCAUGGGCGCGGGAGUCCCAUGUCUGAGGCAGACAAUGACUUGGUGCUGAAGCGUGGGGAGGUGGUGCCGGCGGAAGCUCUCUGCUCCUCUGUUGCCGACCGCGUCCACAAGAUGGGUGUGUUUCUAGUUGAGCGGACGCCGCUUCCGGAGGACUUGUCCUCCAUCCGCUCGCUGCUGUACCAGCGGGACCGUGGAUGGCUCUACAACGCCCGAAACCACGUCAUGCGCCGCGUGCGCAGAUUCGCUUUUCUCCUCUUCUUCCUCAUGCUCAUCGUCAGCAUCAUCAAGAUCACCGUCCUUGAUGGCGACCAAGGCACGUGGUUGGAAAUGUGUCUUGUGCUACCAACGCUGAUCAUCACGCCGCUGCUGCCGACGUCGUUUCCCGCUCUGUGGAUCUGCAUCAACCACUUUGUGACGGCUCGCCUGCGUGCGAUUGUUGUGAGCUCGCACCCGUCUGUUGAGGCUCGCCAGUCCAACAGCAUGGCUGCCAGCCGUGAUGGCAGCGCUCCUCUGAAGCCAGCGCAUCACCACGACCACCACCACCACCAGCGUGGUCGUCGCAGUCGGCGUGGUCAUGCGAACGAUGAUGAUGAUGACGACGAUGAUGAUAUGGGUGGCGCCGGUACCAGUGGUGGCGAUGGCUCAUCAUCAGCGUCCUCAUCGUCAUCGUCAUCGACAUCGUCGCGAUCGUCAUCACCAGAUGUUCUCGGCAGUUCGUUCUUCCUUGAUGAUGACGAGGAAGCAGACGCAACGGAAGAGCUGCCGUUCGACACGCCGCGCUGGCUCGUGUGGCGGUUCUUCAAGACGCUGCUUCGCGGGAACAACACGCGCAUUGCCCGCAUCUCGAGCAACGUGGUGGCGCUGGGCAGCCUGACGAAUGUGGUGUUUGUGGACAAGCAAGGGAUAUUGUCGUACUCAAUACCAGACCCGUCGAAGCUGUUCUUCUUCAAGGAGACGGAAGAGAGCGAAGAACCAACGACGGCACAACAGGAACAGACAGGAGGUGAUGGAGAAGCAAAGCCCGAUCGUGAUGAUGGCGGUGACGGUGGCAAGCAAUCAAGACGAAGGGAACAACAACAACAACACCAACAACAACAACAACAACAACAACAACAACAACAACAACAACAACAACAACAACAACAACAACAACAACAACAACAACAACAACAACAACAACAACAACAACAACAACAACAACAACACCGAUGA